AAUAACUACACCAGCAUGCCUGAGGCUGUGAAAUGCAAAGGGAGCAUUGAUACCCGUGAACUGCGCUUCUCACGUGCGAUGGUCUUUGCCAUAGAAGAGAUCAAUAACAGUACAGAACUACUACCUGGAAUUAAGCUUGGAUACCAGAUCUAUGAUUCAUGUGCGUUAGUGCCUGUUGCAGUGCACGUGGCAUUUCAGUUUUUGAAUAGCCUGGACCCUGUAUUUUCAACUGGUAACAGCUGCUCUCAAACUGGUAUGGUGAUGGCUGCUGUCGGGGACUCUGGGUCUUCACCUUCCAUCAGUAUCACACGUCUCAUCAGUCCCUUUCACAUUCCUCUUGUGAGCUAUUUUUCCACAUGUGCAUGCUUGUCUAACAAGCAGCAGUACCCAAAUUUCUUCAGAACAAUUCCCAGUGACCAGUUUCAAGCAGCUGCUCUAGCCAAGUUGAUAAAACAGUUUGGCUGGACUUGGAUAGGUGCUGUUCGGUCGGAUUCGGAUUAUGGAAAUAAUGGCAUAGCAUCUUUUCUAGAAGCAGCUCAGAAAGAGGGAAUCUGUGUGGAAUACUCUGUAUCUUUCUAUCGGACAAACCCACAUAGCAGGAUCCAAAAAGUAGCAGAUGUUAUCCGCAGGUCUAAAGCUGUAGUUGUUGUGGCAUUUGCAUCUUUUGGAGACAUGAAGAUACUGUUGGAGGAGCUAUCACGUGAGCCUUUCCCACCUCGCCAGUGGAUAGGCAGUGAGUCAUGGGUAACCAACACAGAAUUAACGAGGUACAGUUUCUGUGCUGGGGCCAUUGGAUUUGGUAUUCCGAAGUCUAUAAUCCCAGGUCUCAGAGAAUUCCUGCUGAAUCUCUCUUUUUCUGAAGUCAUUGCUUCAUCGGUGCUCACUGAGUUUUGGGAGGAUGCAUUCAACUGUAGACUGAAAAACAGUGCUGCUACAGUAGACAAGAAAGUGUGCGAUGGAACUGAAGACAUACAGAACCUCCAAAGCCAAUACACUGACACGUCUCAGCUCAGAAUUACUAACAUGGUGUACAAGGCUGUGUAUGCAAUAGCACAUGCCAUUCAUAAUGCAGUGUGUCUUGGAAAAAAUGUCACAGCUCAGUGUAACAAACUAACCAAGUUAGAGCCCAAACAGGUUUUAACUGAAUUGAAGAAAGUAAAUUUUUCCCAAAAUGGUUAUGAUGUGUCUUUUAAUGCUAAUGGGGAUCCUGUGGCUAUCUAUGAGUUGGUUAACUGGCAAAAACAUGAGAGUGGCAUCACUGAGAUAGUAACUGUAGGGCUGUAUGAUGCGUCACUACCAGUGGGCAAGGAGUUUAGAAUUAACAGAAACAUAACCUGGAUGGAGGAUAGCACAAAAAUGCCAGUGUCAGUGUGCAGUGGCAGUUGUCCUCCAGGAACUCGGAAAGUACUGCAGAAAGAAAAACCAGUCUGCUGUUAUGACUGUAUAGCAUGUCCUGAAGGAGAGAUCAGUAAUACUACAGAUUCAGCUGACUGUUUACCCUGCCACAAUGAGUUCUGGCCUAAUGCAAAGAGAGACACUUGUAUCCCUAAACCUGUAGAGUUUCUUUCAUUUCAAGACAUCCUUGGAAUCAUCUUAGCUACAUUCUCAAUUCUGGGUGCCUUUCUUGCCAUUAUGACUGCGGCUGUAUUCUUUUAUCACAGGACAUCUCCAAUUGUCAGGGCCAACAACUCUGAGCUGAGCUUCCUGCUGCUCAUCUCACUGACUCUGUGUUUCUUAUGUUCAUUAACUUUCAUUGGAGCACCAUCUGAGUGGUCCUGCAUGCUGCGUCACACUGCAUUUGGCAUCACCUUUGUGCUCUGUAUUUCCUGUGUACUUGGGAAAACUAUAGUGGUUUUAAUGGCUUUUAAAGCGACACUUCCAGGUAGUAAUGUCAUGAAAUGGUUUGGUCCUCCACAACAAAGAAUGACUGUUGUGUGUUUCACCUUUAUUCAAGUUUUAAUAUGUACAAUUUGGUUGGUAGUGAGCCCUCCAUUCCCAAUAAAAAAUCUAACCACAUACAAGGAGAAAAUCAUCCUGGAAUGUGCAUUAGGCUCUGCUGUUGGCUUCUGGGUUGUGCUCGGUUACAUAGGUCUACUUGCUUCCUUUUGCUUUGUUUUAGCUGUUUUAGCCCGCAAAUUACCUGAUAAUUUCAAUGAAGCCAAGCUUAUCACCUUCAGCAUGCUGAUAUUCUGUGCAGUGUGGAUCACCUUUAUCCCAGCAUAUGUCAGCUCUCCUGGAAAAUUCACUGUGGUUGUGGAAAUUUUUGCCAUUCUGGCCUCCAGCUUUGGACUAAUGCUGUGUAUAUUUGCUCCCAAGUGCUUUAUCAUAUUGUUUAAGCCUGAGAAGAACACCAAGAAAUAUUUAAUGAACAAAAACCAAUCAUAA